AUGAAUAUGAAUGCAACUUCCAUUACCUAUUUUAUUUUUCUUGGAUUUCCUAGCCAUUCACAGGUUCAGAUUCUCAUGUUUAUAUUUAUGUUUUCUGUUUAUGUUAUCAGUGUAACCGGUAACUGUCUCAUUAUUAUUAUCACUUGGGCAGACAUAAUCCUUCAUACACCCAUGUAUUUCUUCCUGAAACUCCUGUCGUUCUUGGAGAUAUGCUAUAUCUCAGUCACCCUUCCUAAAAUGUUGCAUAACCUCCUCUCUGGAGACAGGACCAUCUCAUUCAGUGGCUGUGCAGUUCAGAUGUAUUUUCUCUUAUUCCUAGGGACAGUUGAGUGCUUUCUCCUGGCUGCUAUGUCUUACGACCGGUACAUUGCAAUCUGCUUGCCCUUACGUUAUGCAACACUGAUGUCUAAAGAAGUUUGCAUCUAUCUAACUUUGGCUUCAUGGCUGAGUGGCUUUUUUCUACCACUCGUGAAUACAGGUUGGGCAUUCAGCUUACCGUACUGCGGUUCUAAUGAAAUCAACCAUUUCUUCUGUGACUUUCCACCAGUUUUGAAGCUAGCUUGUGUUGACACAUCGCUAAACGAAUUAGUGAUGCUAGUGAGCAGUUUGGCUAUCACUCUGAUACCUUGUAUCUUCAUCCUCCUAACCUAUAUUUGCAUCCUUGGUGCCAUAUUAAGGAUGACUUCAACAAAAGCUAGGCAGAAGGUAUUCUCUACAUGUUCUUCACAUCUUAUCAUGGUGCUUAUUUUCUAUGGAACAGCCAGCUUUAUGUAUCUACACCCAAAAUCCACUUAUGCAAUGGAGAGGGAUAAAUUUCUCUCCCUUCUGUAUACUGUUUUAACACCAAUGCUAAACCCUAUUAUCUACACCUUGAGGAAUACAGAAGUGAAAAAAUCUCUGAGAAGAAUGUUAAGAAGAAAAAUAUUGUUCUGA